AAACAUAAAAGCAAUGUUUCUUGUCUCAACAGCGCCCUGCCCGUCGGGGUGGUUCGGAACCAGCUGCAGAUAUCAGUGCCACUGUGACGUCCACACAGCCUGUGCUUUGGAGGAUGGAUCCUGUGCUGUUGACGAUCGAUGCGUCAGAGGUUACUUUGGACCAGGGUGUCAAUACAACGACAUCAGCCUCCUCAGCUCUGUUUAUUCCACUCCACCCUAUCUGCUGGACAACAAUGACUCGACAUGUAACCCAGAUCCCACAGACACGCAAGUGUUCCUCAAUUGGCAAGUGGCUUACGUGAUCUACUGGUUCAGGAUUGUGCUCAGCAAUAGCCGUAACCUGCACAAUUUUCGAUUAACUUUGCAAGGAGAAACCUGUAUCAAUCAGAGGAUCUAUUCUGUAGCAGAAACAUCGAUCGAUGUCACGUGUGAUAACACACGGACCAUACAGUGGAUAGAUUUGACAGGGGCGGCAGUGAGCAGUUUGUGUUCUAUCUACAUCAGCGUAGGUGAGUAUGACAGUGAGCAGUUUGUGUUCUGUCUACAUCAGCAUAGGUUAGUUUGA